UAUUCACUAACUGUAAGUCGCUCUGGAUAAGAGCGUCUGCUAAAUGACUAAAAUGUAAAUGUAUAUCAGUGAGACGGCUGGUGAAGAAUUCCUCAGAUGCCUUGCAGCCAAUAAGCCAGUCCCUGACUUCCUCAAAGGAGUCAACCUGUCGGACGCAGGGAAGCCGGUCAAGGCACCAGGUGUACCAGAAGACCGGGGCUAUGAGAGGCAAAGACUCUGGAGCAAAUCUCGUAGUCCAAUAAAGGAAAGCAGGAGCAAGAGCCGAGCAAAGAGCCAGGUGAGAAGCAAGAGCCGUCCGCACAGCAGAUGUCGUACCUGAGGAAAAAGCCAGGCAAGAAGCAAAAGCAGACCACGGAGCAGGAGUCGCAGUCGUGGAAAGAGCCAGGUCAGAAGCAAAAGCAAGGCACGUAGUAGGAGCCGUAGCUGAGGGAAAAGUCAGGCAAGGAGCAAAAGCAGAGCUAGGAGUCGCAGCCGUGGAAAGAGCAUCAGUAGUCACGCCUUCCAUCAAGAAUGCCAUUCUCACAAUCCAGGCCAAUAACUUCAGCAGAGAAAUACAGAGCAGCAGUAUUCCAGGUGGGCCAGUCUUGGCCAGAAGACAGGAAUUUCUUAAAGUCCCAGAUGGGCCUAAUCCAGUCAGCGGACAGGAAGCUCCCCAGAUGAGACAGCAGGAAACUGACAGCAAUCUCCUCCCCCACGAGAGAGUGUGCUGUGACUUCUUCUGGCUGCAGGGUACUAGGGAGGUCUCGCCUGUUCAGAAGCCGGAGAAGGUUGAGGAGGACUUCCUCUAUGGGAAUGAGGAUAACCAGGCAAAACAACGCUCUGCCACCCUGCCUUUUGCACAGUCCACAACCAUUACCCAGCAAAGCUCUGCAGAGGUCUCACCGGCAGGCCCUCCUUACUAUCAAAGCAUGCCUCUGUUCGGGAACCAUGGUGAAAUCCAGGACUUCAAGAUGCCUCCUCAACUGUCCUGUCCAGUGUGAGGCCUGAGCAGAGGGUACAGCCUGUCCCUGCUCCUGAUGUGAAACCUGCCCCCGCCCCCACUGUGAAGGAAUGUGAGAAGAUCAAGACCAUGCUGAAGAACAUCGGGCUGAGUCUGGGUACGGCGGAGAUCAGUAAGAUGAUGAUCAAGCUGCAGCAGCAGAAGGAUGGGAAGAUGCCAAAGCAGGAGGAGAAACUGCCAUCACCAGCGUUGCCUCUUCCUCUUGUAGCUGGGGCAUCACAGGAACCCAGACUGACCUCGCCAGCACUUGGAACAGCACCAAUACAACAAGCACUGGAGUCUUUACAGUCCAUUAUUAAAGCAACAAGGGAGAAAAGGGCCAAUAGUGAUCCACAUGAUAGCAACCAUUCCCAGAGGAAUUCAGACAAACAAAGGAGCAAAGAUGACCAGGAGAGUCAGAGGAGAUCGAGACAUGACCAAAUGAAAAGGAAAGAGACUCUUAUGAAGGAACUGGAGGAAUUGCUAAAGCAGGAUGGGUCUAGCUUUUUCAUUCCUGUCAUCUGGUUCUACUGCCAGAAGUGUGAGGAGUUCUUUGGAGACAUGACCACUGCUGAGAGCCAUGCAGCAACCCACCAGUGGAAUGAGCCUAGCAUGCAGAAGCAUGGAGACAGAUGACCUGGACAUGACAGAGGACACCCUAGCCAUCACAGCAGACACCCCCUGGACCCAAAGCAGAGGGACCAGAGAGACCCAAGAGAUCAGAGGCAUCCUGAUCUUAAACGCAAACUAGACGUGUGCCAAAAGGGUUACAGGAACGACAGGGAGAAGAUCUACGUCAAAGAGGAACAACCUGGAAGCCCCAGGAUAAAGAUGAUUAUGGUCUGCGGGUACACCCCACCAGGUCUGCAAAAGGCCAGGGGGAGGGUGGAUAAGGGCUCUAGCGCUGCUUCCUCUGGCCCUGCCAGUGGGAAACAUGGUAGGGUGAAACCGGACAAGGUUGAGACUAAAGGAAAGCCCACCGUGGAAGUAUGUGACAAAAAGCAUAAAGAUAAUGGAGAAAGCAGUUCCAGCAGUGAUGAUGAGAAAGGCAAAUCUCCUAAAGGCCACAAAAAGAAGAAGAAAAAAAGACAAAUGAAAAGGAUGAGAAGUCUUAGCUGCUGCAUGUCCUGGUUUGAUUGUUUCUGUGGAUGACCUUAGGUAAGUUUGGCAUCAUUGCUGUUGUUUGAGAAGUUGUAGCUUUUAAAGUUUGAAAGAAACUGUAUUUCUCUGACCUGUUCUCUCCUUUUGGGGUUGUCUUUUUUCAACUAUUUGUUUUUCUGUGUUGUAGUGGAUAACAGCACAUUUUCAUUAAAUGCUGUUGGAGGACAGGAAGUUCCAGGUGAAUACAGCAUUUAUCAUGUCCAGAAUUGUUUUGCUGCCAGCCACUGAUCCCAUUUUUGUUUAUUAAAAAACCUUCUCAUAUUGGGCCAUGGCCACAUUUUGUUUGUGUUUUAUAUUUCACUUUGUUCAACCUUGAUUUAG